AUGGCGGGCCGCCGCUCUAUUCACGCCCAGCUUUCGUCCAUUAUGGACACGGUGGCCAGGUCUGCCCUGAGUCAGGUCUGCAAACUGGUGGACCAAGACUCGGCUGAGCUCCGGCUCGAGCUGUCUCGCCUUCUGCUUGCGAAUUCCGCCCUGACAGAGAAAGUUAACAGCCUGGAGUGUGAGCUAACGACUGUCCGGAGCGACACGCCGAUGUUUUGUAUUAGUUACCGCAGCGUAGGGGUGCAAACCACCUGCUACACAGACGGCGACCCCCAGGAUUCCGGGGCUCCCACCAUAGAAGGGGUAUUUGACAGAGACUGGUGUAUGAAUCUGUGGAAAGUCAGAGAUCCAUACAGUCUGGAGACAGCCACAGACUCGUCUGAGUGCUUUGAUAAGUCAGUGUCAGCACAAUCUGACGAAAUGGCUGUGGCUGUGAUCAAAAAAGAAUAUGUGGAGAACAAUGCAGAUCAAUUCCAGCAGGAAACCCUCUGUACUGGAGCAGAACACGAAGAGAAUUUACUCAAGGAACCAGAGCAGCUGUCACUUGAUUACUUGGCUGGCAGCAGCGCUUGCGCUCUGCCAUUUGAACAGGUUGUGUCUGCAGAUGGCAUUGACGAAUCAUCUUUACACCUGAUACCCAUCAGUGACACAGAGGAGGCUUUUAGCAGUCAUAUCAUUCCAAUUGAAGAUGAUGAUGAUGAUGACAAUGAUGAUGAUGGUGAUGGCAUACAUUUUGUUCAAGAAAGCCAGCAGAUGCCAGUGCAAAAGGAGCAGAAAACAUUACAAGCAGACAACACCACAGCGCUGGAGAAUGAGUUGCACAAUAUUUCUGAGAUGCCUGAUGUUGAAAAUACCAGAUGUCCAAACAAAGUCAAAUACACAUGCCAAAUAUGUAGCAGGGCAUUUUUCCACAAGGGCGCAUUAACGCGCCACAUGAAGUUACAUAAGUCACAUUUCUGCAAGAUUUGUAAGCAGCAUUUCCAGCGCAGGGCCAAGUUAAAAUCCCACACCUGUGUGCCUCCAGCUCCCUCCAUGAAAGCCACUAAGCCAUGUGAGGUGUGCGGGAAGACCUUUUCAAAUCAGUCGGCUCUCAGGACUCAUUAUUUCGUCCACACAGGAGAAAAACCCUACAGGUGCAGCUUUUGCGGAAAUCGUUUCACACAGAAAGGCAAUCUGAAAUGUCACCUCCGCAUGCACACUGGAGAGAAACCGUUCCACUGUGUUAAAUGUGGGAAGACCUACACACGAAAGAGAAGCCUUGAUCAACAUUUAAGGACACACAGAAUUCAAGAGUUUAGGGGCAAAAGCAUUUAGAUAGAAAACAUCUAAAGGACUGAUUUGUAGUCUGUAGUAAGUUGUUUACCAGAAUUUUUUGUUGUCUGUUUAUAUUUUAUUUAAAGCAUUUAGCGAUUCACUGUAUUAGAGUUCCUGUUUUACAAUAAACACACGUGAAUUUUCA